AUGAAAACUGCUUUGAAAGCUACGGGGAACAAAGUGAUAAAACUUAAAGACUGGGAAAAGGACUUAUUAACCAUCAUGAAUAAAGAAGAAAAACCUGUAUUCAGCAAAGUGCCCGGUGCCUUGUCGGUUGGUGUAAAGAGACAAUUGGAGAUGGAAACAAAAAAGAGCCAAAGUAAUCCUACAACUCACACUGACGGUAAAUUGGAAAGUACAGCUUCAAAAGAUAAAGUUAAAAUUCGAAAAACAAAGGACAUACUCAACAGGUAUGAAACUGAAGUAACAAAAGAUUUGUCUGUGCCAGAACUUUAA